AUGGCUUUCACCAACUUGGUUCGCUUCAGGGACGAGCAUGGCCAAGUCCUUUACGGUGACGCACCAGAAGAUAUCCUUGAUAGCCUAGUUGGAGGCGUCGUCCAUGUCCUAGCCGGUGACCCCUUCCAGGGCGGCGUCGAGAGAACUGGGCAAAAAGCCACCAUCAAGGAGGUCCUGUGUCCUUUAGAGUCGAGUCCUAGCAUUCCAUGUAUUGGGAUGAACUAUCUUGCGCACGUCAAAGAGACUCCUCAUCAAGUUCCCGUAUGCCCAGUUGUCUUCGUCAAGCCAGAAGACUGUCUGGCUGGCCCAUUUGACAACAUUGAAGUCUCACCCUGUGCUAUGGAACUUGACUGGGAGGCUGAACUAUGCCUGAUCAUAGGGAAAGACUGCAAAGAUGUAUCUCCAGAGGAGGCGCCCGAGUACAUUCUUGGCUACACUGCUGGCAAUGAUCUCAGCGCCCGCCAUUGGCAACGCCUGCCAUAUUCGGCUAGCCUCGACCCACCCAUCAUGAACAAACCCGAAGAAACCAAUGGCAAGUCUUCGGACGUCGACUUUGAGGCCUAUGGCGACAAAGCACUCAGCCCCUCGGCCCUGGCUCACGUCGUCCUGCGCACCGCAAAGCUGAAAGAGAUGGAGAAAUUUUAUGUUGACUUCCUCGGCGGAAGAGUUGUCCACUCCACCUCGCUGUUCAGCUUCAUCACCUACGACUAUGAACACCACCGCAUCGCUCUUAUUGGAAGACCAGGUACCGGCCCCAAAAUCUCUUCGAGCUCCGGACUUGAGCACAUCGCCUUCACCUUCCCAACUUUGGCCGACCUGCUACUGUCGUAUCGUCAGCGCAAGGCCAAGGGGAUGCUCCCCAUGUGGUGUGUCAACCACGGCCCCUCUACGAGCAUUUACUACCUGGACCCUGAUGGAAACAGGGUCGAGACCCAGGUCGACAAUUAUCCCACGGCUGAGGAGGCGGAUGCUUUCAUGAAGUCGUCGUAUUUCAUCAACAAUCCCAUUGGAACAGACUUCGACCCAGAAGAGCUCAUUGUCAAAGUCAAAAACGGCGUACCGGAUGCAGUGUUGAAGAAGAGGGAAGAGAUUGGACCAAGAGAUCCGCCUCUGGGACGGGCAGGCAUUUAUGUCGAUAUCAUUGAAAGAGAAUUUGGUCUCAGCACUAUUCCGCGGGCCUGUGGCACGUAUGGCGGCCCCCUCGAUGUCCUAAACGAGCUUGGGUUGUACCAAAAGGCCACGGAGCGAGGCCACAUGAGCCGAGGCAUCUGCUGGAGAGGCAAGCCCCAAGACGAUGGCAGAGGCGGGAAACAGCUUGGACCACUCGUCGCUGCACUACCUCUAUGCGCGCCCGACGAUGAGGCUAUCCCGGUUGGAGCGGGGUGCCUGAAUUUGCCGCAAGCUGAGCUCAACAAUCUGUUUCUUCAAGAGGCUCUCGAGACGGAACGCGUCAAAAUUCAUUACAGCACCGAGUUCUCGUCCAUGGUCUGUAAUGGCCCCGAAGGAGUCAUCAUCAAUGCACACGACUCGCGAAACGGAGCCGAGAAGCAAUUCCAAGGAGACUACCUCGUGGCCGCCGAUGGGGCGCGGUCAGGUGUACGCCGAGCUCUUGGUUUGCCAUGGGUUGGCCAUACGUGGCCUGAAAGACUCAUCGCCACGGACGUGCUGUUGAAGAAUCAUGAGCUCUCACCCUGGGAGACUCAUUUCACCAUGGCCCCCGUUCACUACGCAGUCACAACUCCCCUUGAGGCCCCUGUAGCAGGUGGAUUCUCGCUCUGGAGACACUCAGUUGCUUGCAGCCCCAGCGAUGAACGCCCAGACGAUGAGCUUCUGGCAGACGAAAACAUCCUGCGACACUACGAGUCAAAUAUAGCUGGUCCUAGACCUCUCCAGGUACAAAUCAAGAAUCGCGCCGUCUAUCGAAUUCACCAGCGACUUGCUUCAACCCUCAGGAAGGGAAACUGUGUGCUGGCAGGAGAUGCCGGCCAUGCGAACAAUCCCAUCGGGGCUAUGGGACUCUCAACAGGCAUGUUGGACGCCGAUGCUCUCGGUGAGGCGCUCGUCAUGGUCUUGAACGAAGGGUAUCCAGAUGAUAUCCUAGACCUGUACUCGGAUGAGCGCCGAAAGGUAUUCCAGUACUUUGUGAACCCGGUCACGACAGAAAACAAGCUGCGUCUUCAGUCGCAGCCCGCAGAAGCGGCAGUGCAGCAGGAUUGGUUUCUACGCAUGCUUGCAAGAGGAAUGACGAUGGAUGAAGCAAUGGAGUUCCAGAAGGCGUACUCUGUGAGCUGGAGGACUAACAUGAGGGAAGCUGCCAAGGAGUUUCGUCCAAAGGCAAACGGUCAUGUUUGA